AUGGAGAGCGGCCUUGAUCUCGAACACAACGGAGAGGGGGCACAUGCAUCAUCAAGGGCUGAGAAUGAGUCGUCUUCGGGGGCGUAUAGCAACGAGUGUCGUGGUAAGCGAGAUCAGCGGCUGGCGAUGAUGAAGAGGAGAGAGUAUCCACCGCCGAUACCGUUGCUCGCACGUACUGAGAAUCUGCCUUGUCGUAUGCCCUGGGUGCUGACGAGGCACUACACCAGCGAUGGACGGUUGAUCCUCACGGAGGAGAGGGUCAAGCGCCACGAGUACUUUCGUGCGCACAGGGCCAAUGGGCGUCUCACAUUGCAGCUUGUGCCCCUCGACGACGACGUUUGGCCCACUCCCGUUGCUGACGACGACGACGACGACUAUGACGAAAAUGAAGAACCCCAAGAUUACAAUGAAAACGUUGAUGUCGGUGCGGUUGACGAGGAUCGGAUUAGCGUCGUGGAAGAUUCAACGCCGUCGCCGGCGCCUGCAAAUGGGAGUACUGGUGGAAUUGGUGGUAAUGGGGCUGGAAAGUGCUUAAACUACAACAAACUGGCGUCGGGGUCGUCGUGCAUAUUUGGGGUGCCAUUACCAGCAAUCAGGACGAUUCAUAGUUAGCAGAAAUCUGCAUUGAUUCAUGUGGAUGCAGAUGAUGAGGCUGCCAUUUUUGUACGUACUAGUAGAGCUUAGAAGGUGCUUUUUUUUUUGGG